GCCAAGUGGACUAACGAAUUUGAGCUAGGGCAUCUUACAAUGGAAGUCUUCGUGGACUUAAAACACAAUUUCUUUUCCAGACCAACUCUAGAGUUUCAACAUCACCGUCUAUGGCGGGUCAAGCCACAAAAUUGUAUACUAAAUUGAAAACAAAGACUUUCUGCUCAAAAAACAAAACAUAGACUCUCUUUUAGUUUGAAGGCAAGUUGUUUCUUGUAUCAGUGAUUAACCUACUAAAACCCCUUAUUACACAAAAAUCGACCCUUUGAAUUUUUUUGGAAAUGGGGUUUGAUGAAAUGGAACCAGUGUUUGGGCGAGUAAAUGCAGAGUGGUCAGCACCUCACAAAACCCCAUUGAAACCUUUCCUCUUUCAUGUCCAUGGGUUGCCAAGUGAUCCCUCUACUCUUAUUGUAUGUGCCACUGAUUUCCAUUCAAAUACAUGGGAAGCUUUGAAGUCUGCCCAGGAGCUUGAAGAUAUGAGGGACAGAACUGGUAUAGGAGGCUCUUGGUCUGACUUUGUAGAUUACCUUAUAGCUUCCUUAAAGUCUGAAGAUGUGAAGCUUGUUAUGGAUGGACAGUCAAAACUUGGAGGUGCUGCACAUGCAAAAUUGGUUGCUCAGAAAGCAAAGGGGAUGCCAAGAAUCGCUAUAUCACUUAGUAAACUUGUGGAUACUGCAGCAACUGAGGCAAUUUCAAAUCUUUCUCUGGAGCUCUACAAAACAUUUACAGAUGUACAUAAUUUGCUUAAAGCUGAGCAACAACGAUGCUGUGAGUUGACAAAUGUUUUAUCGGAAGAAAAGCAGGAAAAGAACGAAACUGCCCAGAAGCAACUCGAUGCACUUCUGUACUCAAAAAGACAUAAACCGCAAAAGAUUACUGAAAUUACAGCCUCAGAUACUGCAACCGUCAGUAGCUCACUGGAGUCUCCAGUUAAGCAAGCAACACAACUUCCCUCUACAAAGGUGACUAACCGUGUGGUUCCAGCACAUCGUAGGGCCAGAGUCCGAGGUGUUCUUUUACAUGAUACUGAAGAUGAUAGACAAGAUUAGAAAAUACUGUCAUUUAUCUCUGUCAAUACAACUGUAUAAUGGAAUAUAUGGUGGAUCUAGGGAAGACAAGGUCUACUAGGUUAAAGUCGAGAUUUAUUUAAGAUUGAGUUGUUAGGUUCAAGUCGUGGAAAUAGUCUCUUGCAGAAAUGUCGGAAAUGUAGGGUAAGGCUUCCUUGUUAAAAAAAGAAAUGUAGGGUAAGG